AACUAGUUCUUGGCCUCGUCUUCCUGCUCCUGCCAUCACGCCCGCCCCCCCAAAUUCACCUCGCCCGCCGUCACCCUCCUCCGCCUCGUCGGCGCGGACCGGCAGCCAAAGUCGCGGGCCACUGCAUCGCGCUCCUGGCGCGUGCCGUGCGUCCAUCUCUCCGCCUCAUCUCCCGAGCGCAUUCCACGCCACUCCUGUGCCGCCACCCAGAGGCCCUCCUCGCCGCGUGUCUCCCCCUCCCCCUCUCCCUCUCCGGCUCCCACAUCCUCCUCUCCCAUUCAGUAAGCAAGAUCUGCAGUAUUGCUUAACAUAUUUGGUGCCCCAUCUUGUUCAGUUUAAAGAUCAGCGCGCAAGUUGUACGGGCCGUGCAUUUAGGUUCAUGUUGCAUCAUAAGGGAUGAACAGCAGUCGACAAAUGGAACUCCACUACAUAAACACUGGAUUUCCGUACACUGUUACCGAGAGCUUCAUGGAUUUCUUUGAAGGUCUCACCUAUGCUCAUGCUGACUUUGCUCUUGCGGAUGGCUUUCAGGAUCAGGGUAAUCCAUACUGGGCAAUGAUGCAUGCAAACUCGUACAAGUAUGGAUAUUCUGCUCCAGGGAACUAUUACAGUUACGCCCAUGCCUACGACAUAGAUGAUUACAUGCAUAGAGCAGAUGGUGGGCGCAGAAUAUGGGAUAACACUACACCUGUAAACAAUGUGGACUCUGGCAAUGUUGUACUGCAGGGUGGUGAAGCUUCUCGUACAACUGCAAAUUCUACCACUGAGGAAUGCAUCCAACAGGCACAUCAAAGUCCGGGUAGUCCUCAGGUUGUUUGGCAAGAUAACAUUGAUCCUGACAAUAUGACAUAUGAGUUGCCUUCGUGCGCUGCUUCUAUUUGGUUCAAUCAAUGGAACUGUUCAUAUAACAAUGUGAUUUCAAUGGAAUUGUUGGACUUGGGGGAGGCAGUUGGAACCCAGAGCCGUGGUCUCUCCCAAGAACACAUUUCAUUGCUUUCUGUCACAAAGUACAAGUGUGGUUUCUUUUCAAGGAAGAGAACACGCCGUGAAAGGUGUGUGAUUUGCCAAAUGGAGUACAGGAGAGGAAAUUUGCAGAUGACGCUUCCCUGCAAGCAUGUAUACCAUGCCAGCUGUGUGACAAGAUGGCUUAGCAUAAACAAGGUAUGCCCUGUUUGCUUCGCCGAAGUUCCUGGUGAGGAACCCAAGAGGCAAUGAGUUAUCGGUUAUGUGGCCUCCAUGAAGGUGUCACGCUCCAAAGUUGAGCCCACUGCCCCCUAUGGACACAUGAUUUCUGCUUGAAGCCAGCAUGUUGUCCCCUCCUUAGAAUUGUGUAUUAGCAUCAUAUUACCAAAUAUAGGUUAUAAUCAGAUGUAGUUGCUACCGAGAGGUUUGCUGUAGGCUGCUGUAGAGUUCCGACUACGAACUAAGACCACCUGCUAGACAAAAGCAUGCUCGAUCACUACGAUAUGUUUUUGUUCAUUGCAAUGAGCAUGUUCUAGUUUGUGUUACUUGCAAUAUGAUUAAGAUUUUGCGGACAGAGAAAAAAAAUGAUUUGUUACCCGCUGCUUC